UUGAAUAUUACCGCACUCGAGGACCCAGAUGAACAUCUCGACGCUAAUUAUGUGAUUCCAAUGAGAGUUUUGGAGCGCAAGAGUGAUUUAGAUCUCGAGGAAACAAAGGCAUAUGAAGACUGGUAUAAAGCAUUGUUUGAUCCUAAUAGUGAUGGAGUAGACGAUUCUCUAGUAAGGUCAUACAACCCCAAGAUUCUUAUCAAACUUUCUCCGGUACUCGUGUCCGAAGCAAUACGAGCUUGUGAACAUCGAGGUGCCGAUCAAAAGCAGCUCGACAGCUUACGAAAUGGAAUCAGCUACUUUCAAGAUCCUUUGCUAAGCUGGACACUCGUCGGUGUAGUUCGUUGUAUUGCUCUACAAUUAGAGAGAAAAGGAGUCAUAGCAGCAUCUACACCAAUUUUGAUGAAGCUGUUGCAGCGAACCCUGAUGCGAGUCCUUUCCAAUCCUAUGGAUGAUGAAACGGCCAAGUUCAGAAAUGAAAUUACCACGUCCUUGGGAAACAACCUAAAGUCUAUAGCAGAUCAACCGACAUUGGCCACUUAUUCUCACAAGCUCGCUCCUGCUGUCAUGAUCCGCGCUACAUUCCUGGCCAUUCGUUCAAACAAGGCGGUUACUUUAGACAUUCCAGUAUGUUUGGAGCUGAUGAGCGCCACAGAGUUUCUUUUGCGACUAUUCACCGAGGUAUAUAACACGGCUCAAUUAGGAGAUGGUGAAAGCGCUCAAAGAAUUGUGGCUCAUGCCUUGUCCUAUGGUGCACAAAAAGAUGGAGCCCAACCAUGGCUCCUCCCUUUAUUCGUCCUAUCAUGUAUACCCAACGUCUUGGGCAGAAUGGCCUCUCCAGACGCUCUUCAUAUAGAAACUCUCGCGACAAUCAUAGCGUCCAGUUUCCGCUUAUCACUCUUCCUUGAUAAGGCGAAAGGAGCCACCCCUCCGGAACCAACAUUGGUCGUAUGUCAACAAUUCUCCAGAGUAUUACAGAGAAAGGAUCUAGGAGAGGGUGCCACUCUAAUGCGGAAAGCACUUCGUGCGUCGCAGGCCUUUGCUUCACAAUUUCCUCAGUUUCGGUGA